UAUACGCGGAGCUCUCAACAUCCGAGGACUUUGGCCCAGAGUAACCCGGCUCGCGUGACCUUUCCCCUCCAUCCUGCCCCUCGAGCGCCCCUCACAGCCAGCGGGCGACGGUUGACAGGCCGCGCCGCUCCCUCGAGAGCCUUAGUGGUUUCCUUCCCGGGCGCGACGCGCGGCUCCUCGUCAUGGCGGCCCUCAGCAAGUCCAUCCCUCACAACUGCUACGAGAUCGGCCACACUUGGCACCCUUCCUGCCGGGUGUCCUUCGUGCAGAUCACGUGGGCCGCGCUGGAGGAGUCCCUGAAGAUCUACGCGCCCCUGUACUUGAUUGCAGCAAUUCUCCGGAAACGAAAAUUAGACUAUUAUUUAUACAGGCUACUCCCUGAGAUCCUGCAAUCCGCUUCAUUUCUGACUGCUAAUGGGUCCUUGUAUAUUACUUUGUUUUGCCUUUUCAGGAAGAUACUUGGAAAAUUUUACUCCUGGACUCCUGGCUUUGGUGCCGCUUUACCAGCAUCCUAUGUGGCCAUUCUAAUUGAAAGAAAAAGCAGGAGAGGGCUGCUCACAAUUUAUAUGGCCAAUUUGGCUACAGAAACACUAUUUAGAAUGGGUGUGGCAAGAGGAGCCAUCACAACAUUAAGAAAUGGAGAAGUGCUGUUGUUCUGCAUUACUGCAGCCAUGUACAUGUUCUUCUUCAGAUGUAAAGAUGGUUUGAAAGGAUUUACAUUUUCUGCACUUAGGUUCAUUGUGGGAAAGGAAGAAAUUCCCACACAUUCUUACUCACCAGAGACAGCAUAUGCUAAAGUGGAACAAAAGAGAGAAAAACUUGAGGAAAAACCAAGAAGAAUGAACAUAAUUGGUCUACUUAGGAAACUUUUGAAUUCAAUAUGCAAGCACGGACCAAGGCAUAGAUGUUGUAAACACUAUGAGGAUAAUUGCAUUUCUUACUGCAUUAAAGGUUUCAUCCGAAUGUUCAGUGUGGGGUACCUGAUCCAGUGCUGUCUGCGAGUCCCCUCUGCCUUUAGGCAUGUGUUUACACAGCCGUCUCGGCUGCUUUCCCUCUUCUAUAACAAGGAAAACUUCCAGCUUGGAGCUUUUCUUGGCUGUUUCGUUAGUAUAUAUAAGGGUACUAGUUGCUUCUUGCGCUGGAUCAGAAACCUGGAUGAUGAACUGCAUGCUAUUGUAGCAGGAUUUUUGGCAGGUAUAUCAAUGAUGUUUUAUAAAAGCACAACAAUUUCCAUGUAUUUAGCUUCCAAAUUGGUGGAGACAAUAUAUUUCAAAGGCAUUGAAGCAGGGAAGGUUCCCUAUUUCCCUCAUGCUGAUACUAUUAUCUAUGCCAUCUCAACAGCAAUUUGUUUCCAUGCAGCUGUCAUGGAAGUUCAGAACUUGCGACCAUCUUACUGGAAGUUCCUCCUUAGGCUCACCAAGGGCAGAUUUGCUCUCAUGAACCGAAAAGCCCUUGAUGUCUUUGGUACUGGUGCAUCUAAAGAAUUUCACGAUUUCAUCCCCAGAUUGGACCCUCGAUAUACAGUUGUAACACCAGAGUUGCCCAUAGAGUUUUCUUGAAGAUGACUGUGACUUAUUAUUAAUGUGGCUAUGUGUUUCCUCACUUAUCCUGAAGAGUUAAUUAUGUUGAACACAGCGAAGGAGCAUGAGCUCGAACUUCAGUGUUAUUUCAAUGAGAGAUACUUUUUUUCCCUUCUUAUCAAUCAGAAAUACAGAAAGCUUUUUAGAAAGGUGUUGCUUAAUAAUUAAGCUUUCUCUGUAGCCAGAAUCGAAUUCUGGAUCACUGUAGUGGUUGACGUUAUGAUAUAUUAUUGAUUAAAUUAUGUCUACAAACAAUAUUGAAUAGUCUAUGUAGAAAUAUAAUAACAAGAGUAAAAUUACUUUAAAAGCUGUAUUUAGUUCAUUCCAAUAUAUUCUUGGUUAAAACUAAGAAUAUUUCUACCUUGUAGGAUUUACAAAGGAUCACGGGUACAUGAAUUUGGUCUGUGUUUUUGUUUUAAUGUUUGAAUUGGUAGUAACUUUUGAAUCAGUAGCAGUGAAGUGUUAAAAGAUUUGAAGGAACUCUCCAUAGACAGUGCUGCUUGAGUAGAGAGGACGUGGACAAAGUGGCCAUUCUUUAUUUCAGGGAUACUAAAAUGGGUCUUGUGCCAUUCGGUUCAAUGUUGGAGUGAUGUCUGCACUAGGUUUUCAAUGGACAACACCGUUUCUCUCCAUGACUAGUAGGGCUGUUUGGCAGCUCAAGGAAUGGACGUAUUAGUGGCAGGUUAGAAGCAAACAGAAAUUGACACAUAUGAUAUAGUUGAAAUCUUUUUUACAGUAGUAUUAAACUUGAGUAUUUAAAAACAAAUAUUUAAACACAAAUCUUUUAAACCUCCUAUAGGUAUAGUGUAUUUGUUUUCACUUACAAGGACUAAAUUCUCCAUAGUAUAGUUUUUGUGUCAUGGUUGGCUUCAAAGGGAUCAAAAUGGAAGGAAGGUUUUGGCAAGUUUGCCAGCUUGUACCAUCUCAACUGUUUCUCUUUUUCUUCAGUGAUGAAUGUUUUACAGCUGAGCAUAAGAAUCUAGUGGUUAUUUGCCGUUGGUCUCAUCACAUAUUGGCCUUAUGCUCUCACAGGGUGACAUCUUUGUCAUCCCUCCACUCUGGAAUAUAUCCUCUGCUGAUUAGGAAACUAGUUCAGGACAGCUGGUUGAAAUAUGAUCACAAAUUCUUCAGGGAAAAGUUGCACAUUUCUAAUUAAUAAAAGGCUUAAGUGAUAUGAUGUCUACAGUUAAUGAAACAUAUAGGAACAAUGAUACUUUAAAUAUUGUUUUGUUGCUAAAAGGUUUGUAGGUCAUUGCCAAUCGUGUAAUAGAACUUCAUUGAACCCCUUAUUCACUUUGAGCCUGCUUUGUAUACUUCUGUUUGUAGGCAAUCCUAUUCUUGCUUGUUACCACAAAUUGGAAUCCAACAAAAAGACAAAUUUCAUCCAGUGCCAUGGUAACAGAGCCACUUUUGUUUGUUCAAAAUGUUGCAUUGUGAUUAAUUUAACUUUUUAGACUGGACUUGUCUCCUUGGCAAUACUCUUAAAAGGAUCAUUUUGGUUUCAGUCUUGGAUGCUGAUUAAUAAAUGUAAUUUAAAGUUUUAUUCACUGGGAUCAAAAUGAUGAUUAGUACUGUGUUUACUUUUAAAAAUGAAGUAUUAAAGCACCGAGAAAGCAAGGCUACCU